UGUACUUCAGUUGCAUCGAGUCGCUCGUGGAAGGUGCAUCGUCACGCUCUUAUUUCGCUCUCAUUUCGUUCUCGCGUUCGCGGUGUGUCCCGUACCGUUGCGUGCGUGCGUGCGUGCGUGCGUGCGUGCGUCGGUUGCGUGUGCAUAACACAUAUACAUAGGCACACAUGAGCGUUUUACAUUGUGAUACGAGCAAAGUGGCGAAGCGUGCAUGUGCCGGGAGUGCUGCUGGAUGUAUGUGAUCGCACGGAUGCGUCGCGAUCGCCGCCUCUAACUUCUCUUUCUCUCUCUUUCUUCUCUCCCUCUCCUCUCCCCCUUUUUUCCUCUUUCUCCACCGUCUCGCGAACGCACCAAAUGUUCGCGCCGCAUACCCCGAGUGCCCGCAGCACCGCCGCCGCUCGUUCCCGUCGUCGUCGUCGUGCCGUCUGACGGCGCGUCCGCCGUUCGGCAAACGAUCAUCGCGUUCCGACACGGUGGAUGACUCCACCGGCGACGAUCCACGGGCCGAAUCCGUAGACGAAAAAGAGGAGUGAAGAACACAAUAGCGAAAGAGAGGAGGGAACACACACGGUCGCCGAGGGAGGAAGAAAAAGAGAGAGAGAAAGAGAGAGUGACGAGAUUCAAACGCGAGAACGCUCGCGAAUAAAUAUCCCCGAUCGCUCGAACUUCUCGCGAUUUCCUCCGCGAUUUCUUGCUCUCUUUUCGGUUCACGUCGCGUCCGGGGCCAUUUUGCCGAAAUGAAAAUAAUACCGCGAGCCGUCGCGUUCUCCGCGUCUACGACCCUGCUCGCGAUCCUCGUGUGGUGCCACUGCGUGUCCUAUACGACGGUGCACGCGAGAUCAGCCUCUCCGAAGUUGACGCACUCCGGCGACAACACCGAGCCCGUCAACUGCGACCUGGUCAGGCACUUCUUCGAGAGCAAAAACGUCACGCUCGCGCCGGCCGCCGAGAAUUUGUCGAAGACAAAAUGCGGCGGCGAGUGCUGCAGCGAGGAAAUGGAGGAGCAGUUGAAGCAACAAGCCCGCACGGACUUCCACAAUCUGAUUCAUCAUCACAGCAGAAGUCUGCAGGGUCUCUUCGCCACCACCGCCGAGGCACUCCGAGAGACGGUGAAGAUCCUGCUGCAGAAGUCGGAGAACAACACGCUGGUGAUGUUCAACCGCACGUACGGCGCGAUGGCGGCGCAGAGCGGGCCGUCGAUCCGCGCGCUUUACCAGGCACUGGCUGACUACGUGUCGCCCGAGAACACCUCGCCGGACAAUCUGCUGCCGUCGCUGACGCGCGACACGCUGCAGACGCGCUUCGCCGAGUUCUUCGCCCGCAUGUUCCCGAACGCGUACCACUUCGCGAUCAAUCCGCAGCGGGAUCAGCAGGACUUCACCGAGAAGUUCAAGUCCUGCCUGCGCGAGCGCAUCGACGAGAUACAGCCGUUCGGCGACGUGCCGCAGGACAUAUACAAGGAGGUCGCCAAGAGCCUCGAGGCCACUCGCGUGCUCGUGCAGGCGCUCAACAUGGGCAGGACCAUCCUCGACAAGACCGAUGGCUCGCUGUUCGCCGCCGGCAGCAGCCCGCAGCAGGACGCCUGCUACGCCGCACUCUUCAGAAUGACCUAUUGUCCCAGGUGCCGAGGGAUCAGACAGGCCGUGCAGCCUUGCCAGGGAUUCUGCACGAACGUAAUAAGAGGCUGCUUGACGGAGCCGACGUCCCAGCUCGACCUCGCGUGGUCCGGUUACGUGGACGCGGUCGACAAGCUGAUCGUCGCGGUGGACGGCGAGCACGAUCAGCUAGGCCUGAAUCUCAGGGGAACGGUCCAGAAACUGGACGGCCACAUUUCGAUUGCCAUUAUGCACGCGAUGGAGGCCGGGCCGCAGGUCGAAGAGAAGGUGAGGAAGGUAUGCGGUCGUCCGGAGCUGCUGCCGUCGAGCGAGGUGAAACCGGCGUCCUCGGCUGCAGCUGCGAGACCGACUGUGUCGCCCAAUUUGAGGGAGCACGCAGCUGCGCCGCCGUUACCGCUUAACAACGACCCGCUCGUCGAGCUGCACAAGCAGCUGGGUAACUUCGUGGCGAGCGUCGCCAAGUCUCGCAUCUUCUACGGCACGCUGGCCGACGCGAUCUGCGAGGACUACCCCGACAGACACUGCUGGAACGGCGAACACAUCGGAGAUUACGGGAAAACCGUGGCGCAUUACAGCGUACUCGCGCAGCGAUAUAAUCCUGAAUUCUCGUCGCCGCUGCCUUCCUUCAUCAGCAAUACGAACACCAGCGCGCUCAUUGACCAAUUGAGGCACAUUAAUAAGGUGAUAUCCCAAUUGACGUCGUCAUCCGACAUCGGCGCCUUCCAGGGCGACGAGGCUGUGGACGGUUCCGGAAGCGGGGACAGUCCGUCGUGGAGGCAACACGGCGAUACCGACGACGACGAGGACGGUCACGGCGAUGAUCGCGACGACGACGAGGCGUCCGGUUCCGGAAUGGGUCCCACGACAACGGAUCCGUCGGUGAAGAUCAAUGAGAACGUGGACAGCGGAUCGCCGACAAUCCUGCUAUCAUUUGUCGCCCACGCCACUCUCCUCGCGUCGCGUAUCUUUUAAUCGGCCGCGCCACUAGAACGAGGAGGGGGCGGGGGGGGGGGGGCAAUCGCGAGCCACGGCCAACGUUGACGAUGUAGAUAAGGAAAGUUAGACUAGAUUUUAUCGCGGUUGAGCGGUCGUAUAGCGGAUCGCGCCGAUUCGUUUCGCGCGCGGCAUUCUUCCAGCGCGUGAACAUUCGACGAGGAGCGCUUUAGCGCCCGCCGCGAAAUCCUAUAUAAAGCUGUUGAUAAUUUAUCGGUGACGUGUCGGGCAGCGAAGCGAACUGUUUCCCGCCGCGGUCCGCCGCUCGCAAGGACGUGGUGGUUCUCAGUGAUAUAUCGAUGCGCGGGAAAUGAGAGAGAGAGAAAGCGAGACAAAUAAAAGUAUACGAGGGCGGGAGGGAGGGAGAGAGAGGAGGAACGUAUGGCGAAAACGGAAGGAACCGAAGGGAGCGAUGGGCGAGCCGCGUCUUGAGACGUCGCGCUUGUAAGACGCGACAAUAAAUCUCGCGAUGCUUCCGAGGUGAAAUUUUCCGGCGGAAACGCCAGUUCCGCACGUAGAAAUCGAUACCGCGGAACUGGACCGUGUUAAUACUCUCCUCUGACGGUUUUGAAAUCUAAAUAGCACUCCUUCCGACAGUUUAUAUUCGCGGAAUUGUUUAAAAUCGGCGGAUUCCUUUCGUUUUACGAUAUGAAACAUUCAGCCUUCUCACUCGAAGGGACAUCAAUUCUAGCCUCGGAAUAUCGUGACGUAAUAUAUCUGAGAAGUAAUACAUUAUCGCCCCCAGAGUUCGAGUCCAAGAGCCCGAAAAGAUUGCAGAAAAAGGGGCCUUCUUAACGCAGCCAACAAAUUAGCCGAACGACGUCGAAACGGAAAGAAACGCGAUUCGCUCCCGCCACAGCACUCUUCGAUUUAGUAGACUGUUCGUAAUUGCCGUAAAUUCUAAGAUACAUAAAUACGUAAUCGUUUUAGAUUGUAAACCAAUCUCGAAAUCAUCGAUUGUGGAUCGUUCGACAUUCGCCAACAUAAUCGGCACGUUUUUUUUUUCUAUUUAUUAAAUACAUAUUUUGUUAUAAUUUCAAAUCAGAGACACAAAUUAAGUUGAAUGAGAUUAUAUUUUUACUUUUUCAGCUUUUUAACUUAUAAUGAAAUUUAAUUAAUAGUGACAGUUUUGAUUUAUACAUAUCUUUUCGCGGCACAGUGCACAGCAACGUUAAAAUGAUUUGUUGCAAAAAAAGUCGCAUCGUGCGUGACAAUUGCGAAAGGUAUUAAAUUCGACGACAGCAGCAUGACAUAUUUUUAUAUCAUCUUGCGUGUUCUCAAAAAAAUGUGUCUAUUUAUAUUCAGGACCGAUAUAACGAACUCGAUCAAUAGUUGAGCGCGAUGACGAUUUUGCUCGUUGCAACGAGUCACGUGAGUUUUCGCAAUCUCGUCGCUGUGUUAGCUAACUAUUAAAAGUAACCAACGUGCCAAACCAGCGCGCCUCUCUUCCCGCUAACGAACAGCCCGUUAUAAUAACGAACGCACAAAUUAAUUGUAAUUAAUGAGACCGAGAACAAUCCUGGGAUAUUGCGAGUUUGAUACGUUCCAACCGAAAAUUGCUUUACGCGCGGUAAACAUUGGAUUUGUCCUUUUGAAUACUUUUGCGAAGUAUUUUUAAGUAGAGAAUUUUUUAUUUUUCAAAUUUUUUUCUAAUAAUGAUGAACUUUUAUUCUAUUUUUUUUAUGUUUCUCACGAUUAAUUCAGUGAUAAUUUCGGUGAUUGAUGUCAUUGUCGAUGAUCCACGAUCGAUGAAUUCGAUCUCGAAUCUUUGAUGCUGUUUUUUAGCACCCAGAGCGUAACCAUGACUAAGCGCAAGAUCUUUUUUGGAUCGAUACCCCAAUCGUUCGCAAUAGUACUCGUGAUACGAUAAUAUUAACCGAUCGACUUGUAUCCGACUAUUAAAAUUAGAAAUUUAUCGCGUCGUUUUUGCGCAGAACUCGUACAUUCAACUCGAGGGGAAAAAAAAUAAAAGAAGAUCGAAAGCGAACCGCUUCCAAUGUGUGUUACACGCAGUUGGGAUCGAGGAACUUUUGAGAAACCAACAUUCUCAUGGCGAGACGUGCAAUUAAACCUGGCGGUUUGCUUCAGUCAAUCAGGAUAAUAGAGAAUCCAACGAUGAUUACGGCAUCGUGAUAAAAUAUUUUCCCGUCGGAAUAAUGUUAACAACUGUGAAGAAAAGAUAAUUUUAUCUUUGACGAUUUAAAUAAUUGUAAAUUAUUUCUAUUAGUGUUCUCAUGAUAAUCGCCUUGUGCCGAAUGGUAGAAUAAUUUACUCAACGUCGCAUCUUUAUUCGCAUAGUUGAAAAAUCCAUCGCCAUUAUUAAGCUAACAAUGUCGAUUCAUCCUUCGUCUCAAUUAUCCUGAGUGGCUCUGUGUCAGUUACUGUAAGAAAGUAAUGUAGCUAGUGAACAACGGGAUACCAUUUGGUUUCUCCGCGAAUGACGGCCGCGCGAGUCGCGACGCUACGGCGACGCCGUAUUCGUCUUGUACAUUUGAUUUUCGGAUCUUUGAGGAGGGUUGAGUGCCUUUCUGAAUAUCCCUGGCCGUAGCGUCGCGUCGUCGCUCCUCCGGGACGAGAGGGGGAGAGCAACUAGAGCGGCCGUCCGCGAAUAAGGGCGCGAAACCGGGCACCUUCCCGGUAAUAGCGUGCGCGUGUGUAUGCGUGUGUGAGAAAGAAAGGAGCAAAAAAGAGCAGGACUUUCUUCUUCUCCUUUUGUAAUUUCUUGUGCCACGUAUUCUCGCCUCUAACGUUUCCACGUGAACUCUACGAAGAUAUCUCGCAGGUUUGUAAACGUUUACCCUACAUCGUUAAGAUAACACACUGGGCGAAGGAGCGGGAUCGCGAGUAUAUUUAGUGCGGAUGAAAAUUGAAAGUGACGAAAAUGUGGUGAGAUAAUUCUAGAAUGAAUGACGAUUAUUACUGAUUCGGUCAUUAAUGGGUCUUUCGGAAGCUUUAGAAUAUAUAUAUCUACUGUAUUUAACAUAAAUAUUUAAUAUAUUUCUCUAUCUAUUUCGAACGAUUUUUCUAUAAGUUAUAAUAAUAUGCUGCACGCGCUAAUUUUACUUCCCGAGAUUUCGGGAACGUAAAGUAUUACAUUCGGGCGGCGAAGAUCGAAAACUUGACGAUCUCUAUUUCUUUCCAAAGAAUUCUAAAAAUUAAAGAAGCAUUGCGCAAUGUCAUCCAAAAGAAUCUAAAAGACUCGACGCCUCACAGUAGGGUUUAAUAAUAAUUAUCAAUGCUGCGUCACGGUGCUAAUGAAAGCCAAAAUUAAAAUAAUUUAUGCGCAAAAAUAGACCUUGGAUGUUAUUAACAAUUUAAUUAUGUAUCUGCGAGUUAUUUAUGUACGAUGUUUUUUUUUUAUCGAUCUGCUGCGGAUUUCGAAUAUCGCUCCAUCGCGUGUUUAGAUAAUAAGCGCAUUGUUGCGAAAUUGCCCGUAAUUAGAGAAAUUCGGCAUUCGAGCCCGUUUUAAAUUGCAGUUUCAAUUGGAUCACUUAGAUCCAUUGAAUCGGUGAACAACGGUGCACGACAGGUCCGAUUCGCUUUCGUAAUCGGACGCGCCAUUGUUCGAGAAGUCCUUCCUUUCAGUGCGCUAAUAAGAUCGAAAUCCGGUGAGAGCGGGCGGACAGGCGAGAUCGCCGGCGGCGAUGCCCGGCGAUCUCGUCGCUACGGCAAAGAGCCUAAUUCAGCGUGGGCCAGGCGUGCAAUUGUUCGAAUUUACCGUCGUAAUUCUUCAAUUUCGUGGCGGCCUUUGUCGGGCAAAUUUAGGCAGCGCAUUCACGCGAGAGGACCGAGCGCGCGUAGGUAGAUCGUACGCGCGCAGCUCUCGGUCCUUAUCCGUCGAUGCCGCGGGUCUUCGACCUCCGUCGAUCGUCUGCUGAUAUUAGUUUCGCGUGACGCCGGGAUCCCGGCGUGCAGGUAUUAAUCUGUCGCGGCGAAACGGUAAACGCAUUUCGCGCCGCUCGGCGCGAGAUCUGACGCGAGGCGCGCGACUGAUAUCAAUUGUCCCACUUUAUGUUGCUGGUAUGUUAUUAUUAAUAUUGUUGGUACACAGCAGCUGCCACGCGUGCUUAACACGCUUGCAAAAAUGUUGAUUAACACGUUAAAAAUGGUCUGAGUCGUUAAGUAAUUGGAAUUCUGUAAGACUGAAAGCGUUAAUAUAGAGCGAUUUUCGUCUAACACAGCCCGCUCCUUCGCCGCUGAAAUUAUCGCAGCGCGAGAAUGGAAGGAGAAAGGUAGGCGGAUAUGCUAAAGAGCUAAGAGGUAUAAUGUGAGAAUGAUGGAGAGAAUGAGUGAAAAAGAAAGGAAACGCGCGUUGAUCGAUCUGUAAAUAUAUAAACGAAUGCCUGCUGUAUUUAUAUAGUUAUAUACGUUAAAUAUAUCGAACUAAAUGAAAGUAGCAGCUAAUAAAGCAACUAAAGUAAUUACCGAUGAAUUAACCGUUAAUUAUAGCGUUACAGGGAGACUAAUUACUGUAAUACGCGUGCAGGAAGUAUGUGCGAAAGAAUGCGAACGCGAGAAUGCGGAAGAGCGCUCGUCGACGAGUGAUCGACGAAACAGCCGAACUUUUCGUCAAAGUCGGAUCGCAUGCCUCGUCGUCGUUAUUGCCAUUUGCCUCGUAGCGAAGCGAUUUGCCCUUCUUACCAAGGUUUUUAUUUCACUCGUUUACCUAGAAAUCGCGGAAAACGCAGCGACGGUUGAAAACACACGCGAACGAUCAUGGAAUCGUUUAAAUCCAAUCGCUUUGUAAUUAUACCUAUGUAAUUAGAAAUUGAAUGAGAGAGAAAGAGAGAAUUGUGUGUGUGUGUAUAAAGAGAGUGAAAGAGAAAAAUAUUUCGAUUAUGCUGUAUAACAAUUAUUAGCCUAGUAUGACGCAUAUUUUAUCGUACACGCACUAACAGAAUCCGCUGUUUCCUACGGAACUAUCGCGUUACACACUUAGCUAUUUAAUGCGUUUUUGCAAUAUUUAUUGUUGCGCCUUGCGUUUAUUAUGUGAUAUAGGGCUACUUAUAUUAUUAUCGUCUACUUUGUCGCGCGCUUGUUCAAUUAAUUUGCUGAUCGCGCGCGAUACGACACGAAUUAUCCGACAUUGUCGGACGGGAAACGAGGAGAGCAAAUUGACAAAAUUUCGGCUAUUCGCAUCGCCAGCGAUCGAUCGUCGCAAAUUUGUUCAAUUAAUCAUCAAUCGUCAGUUGAUUAUAAACUGAUUAUACAAUCGCGUCGCGAUUGUAACUAAUUAAUUUCUCAAUGGCAUAUUUAAGUUUCUAUCGAUUCAUAAUAAAGCUAACUUCGCCUGUCUGGAUUCUCAAUUUCGCGACCCGAUAUUUUUGAUCGUGCCUCUUUUAUCGAUCUUUAUGUGAAAAUUAAUAAAAAAUAAUUCCAAAGAAGCCAGAUAUGAUUUCGUUAGAGAAGCGAAGGUGCAGUGUACAUCGAAUAGUUCCGAUCAGAUUAGUUCCACGAUUAAAUCACUAAGCGAAAUUGGGAAAGUGAGUUAAUAAAGCAAAUGAAAGCGAAAGAAAAGUGUAGCGAGAGAUGAAAAACAUGAUCGUGAAUAAUCUAUAUAUGUAUAUACAUGUGUCUGUGCGCGUAUUUUAUAUACGCGCAUUCUUAUAUAUAUAUAUAUAUAUAUAUACAUACACACAACAUGUGUGCGCAUAGAACGUACGCGCGCGCGCGUGUACUAUAAGUGUUAUACGAGAGAUUAAACAAAUUAUUAUUAUUAAUUAUUAUCGCAGUUGAUUACGUCGCAGUGGCGCGUCCGCCGAUCGGCGACGACCUGUAAAAACUGUUUAUGAGUGAAUGGCGAAUAAAAUAUUAUACAACACCA